AUGUCUCAUCAAACUGGUAUUCAAGCUAAUGCAGAGUUGAAGAAAUACUUCACUAAAUGUCAAGAUGGCAAAAUUCGGACAUUAAAAAUAAGUAUUGAUAAUGAACAACUAAUAUUAGCCAAAUAUCAGCCAGUAAAAGGUUCCUGGGAACAUGACUUUGAUAAAUAUGUGCCCUUUCUAGUUGUAGAUGACCUCCCUUGCUACAUUUUAUACAGAUUCGACUCAUCUAACUCUCUUGGACAUGAAUGGUUGCUUCUUAGCUGGUCUCCAGACAGCGCACCGGUCAGGCAGAAAAUGUUAUAUGCAUCAACCAAAGCCACACUCAAACAAGAGUUUGGAACAGCCCACAUAAAAGAUGAAAUGCAUGCUACUAGCAAGGAUGAGGUCUGUCUCAAGGGAUACAAAGCUCAUUUGAGUGGAAUAAAUGCCCCAGCUCCUCUAACAGAUAGAGAAGAAGCUCUAAAAGAGCUACAGCAAAGUGAACAUAAUCCCAACUACGGCACCGAUUCAAGACAAUCUACAAUGGGUGGAGUUGCAUUUCCAAUAACUGAAGCAGCAAAGAAAGGCAUUAUAGAUCUUCAACAUGGUUCCUAUAAUUAUUUACAAUUUAAAAUAGAUAUAGAUGAAGAAAAAAUUCACCUUUCAAAAGCGGCUGUGAUCCAACAAGUGGAGUUACCCAAACAAGUGCCAAAUGAUCAAGCAAGAUAUCACCUAUUUAUAUUCAAGCACACACAUGAAGGAGAUUAUUUAGAGAGUAUCGUGUUCAUAUAUUCUAUGCCUGGAUACAGUUGCAGUAUUAAAGAGCGAAUGCUAUAUUCAAGUUGCAUUGGGACUUUCCUGGAAAUAAUAGAGAAAAUGGGCAUAGAAAUUGCCAAAAGAUUGGAAAUCGACGAUGGCAAUGAGCUGACUGAGGAGUUUCUGUAUGAUGAAAUACACCCGAAGAGGAAUCUGCACCGGCCUGCCUUCGCAAAGCCUAAGGGUCCUCCAAAUCGGGGUGCAAAGAGAAUCACCAAGACCCAGUCUACUCAG